AGAGAUUUUGGGCCACUUGUCGAGCGCGCUCACCUAGCGACUGGAAAUCAGAUCUGCAAGCUGCGUUUCCCUUUAACAGGACAGACACUGAGUCACAAGAAAUGUUUCAGGAGAUAAAGUCCCAGCUUGGUCGCUCUUAGUCUCCUUGCGGGGUGUGUGAAGUCGGCUGGAAAUGAACUGUGAAGACACAGGCUACACCAGCGAUCUCACAACACUGACAGCGAUCGGCGCCUGUCCUCCGCUCCCAUCCGUAUGAGAAGUUUGAUCGGAGCUGGCUGACAGGAGGUAACCCGGCUUUCCAUUUGGCUGCUUGAUCUCAUUACAGCACAAGCCAGUGGACGAUUGAUUCACAAGACAUUUGGCUUGCAUGCAUCAAUGCCAAGAAAUUGCAUUACGAGGGAGACUUCUGCCAAGGAGACACAGACCUAUCUUUGGAGGAUGGAGAUGGAAGCUGAGCAAGGCCGCACAGAGGAGAAUGGACGCACUGACGCCAUGGCCAGAGAACCGCGCUCCUCACCCUGCUCCAGCCUAAAGAUGUUUCUGGUGGCUUUGUCCUUUGCCUAUUUUGCAAAGGCUCUGUCAGGGAGCUACAUGAAGAGCACAAUAACUCAGCUGGAGAGGCGCUUUGACAUCCCCAGUUACCUAAUAGGUGUCAUUGACGGGAGCUUUGAGAUAGGUAACCUGUUGGUGAUAGCCUUUGUCAGUUACUUUGGGGCCAAGCUCCAUCGGCCAAAGAUCAUUGCUGUUGGCUGUGUUCUGAUGUCCAUCGGCACCUUCAUUAUUGCUCUGCCUCACUUCAUCAUUGGACGCUAUGAAUUUGAAACAUCAGUGCGCUGGACAAUCAACUCAACCAUUAACCCCUCUCCGUGUCACGUGGGCUCACCAGCAGACUUGGCCCAAGAUGGCGAGCUGCCUGAAGUGCCAGGAAGAGGUGUGAGUUGCGAAGGAGAGUCUAACCUGUCCAUGUGGAUCUAUGUGCUUUUGGGGAACGUCCUGCGUGGGAUUGGAGAAACACCUGUCCAGCCUCUGGGAAUCUCUUACAUAGAUGAUUUCACUAGCGAGGAGAAUGCUGCACUAUAUGUCGGCUGCGUGCAGACCAUUUCGGUCGUUGGCCCUGUGUUCGGCUACCUGUUGGGUUCCCUGUGUGCCAAAAUCUAUGUGGACAUUGGAUUUGUAAACAUGGAGACCAUCACCAUCACCCCAGCAGAUGCUCGCUGGGUCGGGGCCUGGUGGCUGGGCUACCUCAUAGCUGGGGUCAUCACCCUGCUCUCUGCCAUCCCAUUCUGGUUCCUGCCCCGCUCUCUGCCCAUGUCAGGGCACCAGGGCGCAGCACCGUGCCCUCCAGAACAGACCAGCUUCAUCAAAGACCCCUCUCUUCUGGAGCACAAGUAUCCGGCUGAUGAACAUGCAAGUUUCAUAGAGAUGGCCAAAGACUUUAUUCCAACUCUUCGAACGCUGCUGGGAAACCCUGUAUACUUGAUCUACCUAUGUGUCACCAUCAUCCAGCUGAACUCCCUCAUUGGCAUGGUCACCUAUAAGCCCAAGUACAUCGAGCAGCAUUUCAGGCAGUCUGCCUCAAAGGCCAACUUUCUGAUGGGUGUGAUCAACAUCCCAGCUGUAGCACUCGGGAUGUUUUCUGGUGGUUUGCUGAUGAAGAGGCUCAAACUGAACAUUAUGGGAGCGGCCCGGUUUGCCUUUGGCACGUCUGUGAUCGGCUACGUCCUGUCACUUUUCUUCUUUGCUAUGAGCUGUGACAAUGCCAAGGUAGCCGGUGUGACACUGUCAUACCACAAGAUGGAUAAGAUUUCCUACAAUGAACACUCUGUGUUUGCAGCCUGCAACUCAAACUGCAUAUGUUCAGGGACCGACUGGGACCCAGUUUGUGGAGAGAAUGGGAUCACGUAUGUCUCUCCCUGUCUGGCUGGCUGCACCAGCUCAGCUGGAACUGGGAAAAACACAGUCUUCUCUAACUGUAGCUGUGUCGGUGUGGCUGGUAACUUUACAGCGAGCACCGGCCAGUGCCCUCACAGGGACAACUGUGACAGGAUGUUCCCAUACUUCCUGGCUCUCUCCGUCAUCACCUCCUUUAUCAUUUCCCUGGGGGGGACACCAGGCUACAUGCUGCUCAUCAGGUGCAUAAAACCACAGUUGAAAUCUUUGGCCCUGGGAUUCCAUGCUCUGGCAACGCGCACCCUUGCGGGAAUCCCAGCGCCCAUCUACUUUGGAGCAAUCAUCGACACCACCUGUCUGAAAUGGGGCCAGAAAAGGUGUGGAGGCAUAGGAGCCUGCAGAAUCUACAACACCACGGCCUACAGGAUAGCCUACCUGGGCCUGACUCUGGGCCUGCGGACUAUCUCGUUCAUUCUGUGCAUCCCGGGCUUCAUUCUGCUCAGGAAACAGCUGAAGAGGGAGGAAAGGAAUGCCAUCCAUGGCGCUCUGGCCAACGGCGGCACGGAGCUGGAAGCGCUCAGGAAGGAAGAGUUUGUCAUCUCGAAUUCUGACCAAUCACAGCGAACGUCAGACAACAGCACAGAGAGGGAGACACGGCUGUGACAGAUCUAGCAGAACAGACUCCAAGUCUCUUUCCCGAAAACACACAUGUACCAUAGAUGAACAAACUCAACCAUACACACACGCAAACAUACAGACAUACACAAUCAGAAACACACACGUACAUGCAAAUGAGAUGUGCAGGGAAUCACAUGUUGUGUCUGAUUAUCUCUUAUAAAACAUAGAUUCUAUAUUUGUACUACUGGACCUGUGUAGGUUUUGUGAACUUGACAGAAAAAAAAAUAUGUUUUUGAUAUGACUGGGUUUUUUUUUUUUCUCACAAAGACAAUAUAUCAAUAUUUUCCUUUUUUUUUUUUUUUUGGAAAGUGGCACAUGAGAUCAGUCGGGAAAUGUGACAUUUAACUGCAGAGGCUAGCAUAAUUCUGAACACCAGCACUUAGUAAGCAGCCUUUUUUUGGGGAUUUUUCUUUCAUCUGGAGUUUUUUCUUCCUAAAGCCCCUGUACCUGAACAGAAGAGAAGUGGCCUUACCAACCACAGAGGCACAACCCUCAAUCAAAAGGGUGGGCCUUCAGAAAGGAAAGAAAUAAAUAGAAUGUGUAAGAAGAAUAAUCUCAUCAGUCGUUGUUGAGAAAUGUGUGCUGGAACGUGUAUUUUGAUAGCUUUUAGAGGCCUUAUCAGGUGUUGAUUUGAACAAUUGUGCCUCAAUCACUAAACAGUUACCUCUAAAUCAUUUGUGUGUUGUCUGUCGUGUUGUAACUGCAAAGCAAUUUACUCACAUCUGAAGCAGAUGGGUAUUUUGUUGGUCUAAAUACCACUUCACCUUACAUUUUACAUGUUUUAAUUCAGAGGGAACAUGACCGCGGUUCUUUACUCUUCUGUAAACCAUUGUUUUCAUUUUAAUGGAGUUCACAACCCGUGUUCAGUUCAGUUCAACACUCACUUGAGCCUGAUUGUGUAGUACUGUAUUUUGGUGUUGUGCACUUUCUGGAUAUGCAUUUGUUUGUCCUUCGUAUAAAUUACUCAUAGAAAGAUAUUUUACAGGGUUGGAAAUGCUAUUUUUUAAGAAUACGAUUCGCUAACUUACAUAUGUGCUUGUGGGUUUAGGUCAAGGGUGGGCAACCAUGUGCCAUGGAGAGCCGAGAGGCUGCACGUUUUCAUUCCCAACAAGAACUCUACCAGGUGAUCUCACUGACUAGUGCCUCCUCUCUGCUUGAAGGUGAGGUGAUCAGUGAAAUCACCCCGUUGAGUUUCUGGUUGGAAUGAAAACCUGCAGCCUCUCGGCCCUCCAUGGCACAUGGCUGCCUACCCCUGGUUUAAGUUGUGGAGGCUGCAAGAGUUGAGAUCUUAAUCCUGAUCAAGUCCACAAGGUGGCAGUGUCAUGUUUUAUAUAGAGUAACAAAUAGUACCGGCCAGGAACAUUCAUGUCUAAAUAUAGUGUUGUGUAAAGGAAAACAAAUACUGCUAUGUCAGAAUCACAGAGUACAUAAACAUUGGAUAGUGACACUGCUUCAUAACACUGGAAGUUAAGAUUCGAAUGAAUGUAUUCAGAUGUAUCUCAGUGGGCCUCAACAGGCUCUGCUCUUUUGUAUGGCAACACUGAUUAACAAUAUACUGUAACAAUAUACUGUAUGUUGAUCCACAGUCUUGGUGGCAUGCAUGAGACUGUGCAUGAGACUCAGACUUCAUGUUGCUGAUGUGUAUAAGCUCUGCUUCCACACUAACCGUAUCACCAGCCAUUGCUACACAUUUUACUGGUCAGUCUCUUUCCAUGUUGUGUUAGAUAUCUUAAUGUAAUGUUGUGUGUGUGUGCGUGUGUGUGUGUGUGUGUGGGUGGGGGUGGGCAUGCGUGUGCACAUGUACCGUGCCAAAAUCCACGAACAAAUACAUCAUGGACUAUUCUCAGGUUUUCCUAUCACUUAUUUUCAUGAAGAGCUUCAUUCCAAAAUCAGAGCGCAUUUUCCAGAAUAUUUCCAAAAGAAAAAAAAAUCUUAAUUCUUUAUGGAGAAAGGACUUUACCAGCCACCUCAUGGUAGUUGUUUAAAUAUAUAUCCUAUUUGUAAAUAUGACACAUAAUAAGUAUUUUAAAAGUUAUUUAAAAAAUGUUUAAAUAAUGGUGAUAUAUAUAAUUAUCGAUAUAUAUAUAGAUAUAGAUAUAAAGAUAGCUAGAUAGAAAGAUAUGUAUCAUUUUGGAAUGAACCCCUUCUCAUGAUGUGGCUGGAUUGUCCUUUGGAUACAGGUUUAAAUUCAGUCACAGGUGGCCAAAUAUACUUUUUUUUUUUUCUCUCUUGUAACAAGUCAGUGGCACCAGGUAUCAAGGAGGCAUGUAGGAGGUCAUUAUCUCAAUAAUGUAAGGCAUUUCUUACUUGCAUUUUAAAAAAGAAAAUCAGAAUGUACAUAAUUUUCUUGGAUUAUUUUUGUAAAAUUUCAAAGCAUACCUUAAAUGUAAU